AUGGUUAUAUUAAAUGCCUACUGCUUCAAUUCCCGCAAACAGCAGCAACUGAAUAUGAACCAUAGAUCGAAGAGGGAUUGGGAUAUCAAUGAUGCUGUUGUGCCGCAAGUAAAUGAAUCGGAUUUUGAUGAAUUUAAUGAAUGGACCGACGGUCAUGUACGUCUUAUAUAUCCCCUUAGUAAUGAGGAGGCCAAAAAACAUAUAUCCGGUUGGGCCAUGCGCAAUACCAACAAUCAUAAUGUUAACAUUUUAAAGAAAAGUUGUUUAGGAGUUUUGGUCUGCUCACAAAAUUGCACCCUCUCGAAUGGCAAUAGAAUUAAUUUAAGGCCGGCCAUAUGUGAUAAAGCUAGAAGAAAGCAGGAAGGCAAGGCCUGUCCCAAUAAGACCUGUAGAGGAGGCAGACUUGAAAUCAAACCCUGUCGUGGUCAUUGUGGUUAUCCGGUCACUCACUUCUGGCGGCAUUCUACUAAUGCCAUAUUCUUUCAAGCCAAAGGAGUACAUGAUCAUCCUAAGCCAGAACCUAAGAAUUCCAGUGUUUCGAAGAGAGCGUUUGGUAGAGUAUCCCUAGUAAGCAGAAACUCUACAGCGGUUACCAGUAAAGCGACAGGUAAAAAGUCUUCUCUGGUUAAUAACUUGAGUUCCAGUUUAAGGCAAAUGAAAAGUCACAGCUCUUUUCUAAAUAAAGUAUUAAAACGCUCCACUAAAACCACAAAUGCCAUGUCACAUACAGCAGCCUUGGAAAUAUAUCAAUUCAAUACUUGCAACAAAUGUACCACCCGUUCACAAUGCACCUGUGUUAUAGAACCUUUAAAUAAUACAUCAAGUCUAAACUAUAGCAAUCCCUUGCAUCAUUAUGAAUCAUUAACUGCCUCGGUACCUCAUCAAAACUAUACACACACACAUACACAUAAUAUUUACCAGAGCAGCAGUGAAAGUUCGAAUACAAAAUGUGAACCCACAGCCCUAUUAACCGUUAAUCAUCAGCAUAUCACCUAUAAUUAUCCCAUAUAUCAUCAUACUUCUUUGAAUAACCCUACAGCAGCUAUGGCUCCUUCCCCUAAAACCGCCGCAGAUCAGACGUUACACUCUUGCAACACUUCCCCCUCCUCUGCUGUAAACAGUGUAACACAUUAUGCCAACGAAACUCUGGAACCCGCUAAAAUGUCCUAUCAUCAUUAUCACACCACAGCGGCCUCAGGUUAUGGCUCGGAAUCUUCUUUGUGCUACAAUAAUAACUGUGAUGGCAUCUCCAACUUUAAUACAAACUUAACAGCAAACUAUGACUAUGAUUUACACCCGCCACCUCCAGCAGCAACAGCCUCCUUAAGCUCCCGACAUUUAAGCACACAUAAUGCUAAUCUAGAGCUGCAGGUUCCAGAGCUAAAGCAACCUUAUCCUAGCCAUACAACAGAAACGUCUGAAUUCAUUAAUUAUGCAGAUUUAAAAUACUCCCCUAGACAGCCCGCAGCAGCUGCCGCGCUCCCCGAAGUGCUUAAUAAUGAACCAGAAUUCAUAAACUAUUCAGAGCUAAAACAUUAUCCUCAUAUCAUGGAGUCUUCACAGGCAAUAGCGGAAACUAAACCCUCCAAAGUAAACACAAAUGAGCAGCCUUCCCACCUUUACCAGCACUCGCAUAAUAGAUCAGUUGAAACCAACAGCCACAACUACGAUAACUGUUACUAUGCCAGCGCAACACGCACCAAACAGGAAAAAACUAAAGAAAAAUUUCAUAUGGACACCACCUCCCAUAAUUCCACUACAGCUAAUAGUUAUGAUUACGACUAUAAUCCUUCUACUAACAAUUAUUUUCCCCUGGCUACUGGACCCCCUAGUAAUAAUAACAGUUAUGCCACACUUAAUAACUACUAUGAUACAGGACCCUCAAACGCCUCACAGGCCCAUUCCACUGCGCUUUAUGACUACAAUGGCUCGCCUUCAUCUUCGUAUGCUUCGUCGUAUAGUUAUGAUCAAAUGAAUACACGCGGUACUAGUUUAAUGGCCGGUCCACCACCCUGUCACACUUAUGCUCAUUAGUUUUAAGGCAACGAACGUAAAGAAUUUUAUUCUAUUUAAUAUUUAAGAAAUAUUUUUCGUCUAUUCUUCUUUUUUGUUGGCAUUGAAUGUUAAAUUGGGAAAAAAUAAAAAAAAUUAUUACUGAUAAAAA